CUUCCUCAUGUUUAAUUAACCGAUUUUCCGACAGUUAGGGCACUUGGAGCUUUAGCCAUGGCGAGAUCCGCGAAGCCGUGCUGCUUCUGUCAAAUCGCUUGCUCUUCGACUUCCACUCCCCUUCUCUACGCCGACGAUCAAGUAAUUGCCUUUCCCGACAUCAAUCCGUCAGCCUACAGGCAUUAUCUUGUUAUAUCUAAAGAGCACAUUUCUACUGUCCGCAAUCUCCGCAGAAGGGCCGAAGAUUAUCAGUUAGUUUGUCAAAUGUUGGAUGUUGGACGAAGACUUCUUCAAAAUGAUGCCCCUGAAUCCAAGUUAUACAGAUUUGGAUUUCACCAACCUCCAUUCAACAGUGUCAAUCAUCUCCAUCUUCAUUGCUUUGCAUUACCUUUCAUUCCAAGAUGGAAAUAUUUGAAAUACAUGUCCAUGGGGCCUCUUGGUGGUUUUCUUGAAGCUGAGAAGCUGCUGGAGAGGAUUAGACCGUUGUAAUUGUCACAUUUAUAAUUCAUGUAUAAUUAUGUACUUGUUAAAGCUUUGUUUCGCAGGUAAUUUGUUUGAAUUUUGCUUAUUUUGAAAUUACAUGUAUUUGAUUU